ACAGGAAAAAAAAAAUAUCACUGUGAUAUCUGUGGUAAAUUAUUCUUUCAAGCAAGUGACUUAACUAAACACAGACGCAUUCACACAGGAGAGAAGCCAUAUCGCUGUAAUAUCUGUGGUAAAGCAUUCUCUCGAACAGAUGAUGUAUCUGUUCACAAACGUAUCCAUACAGGAGAGAAGCCUUAUCACUGUGAUAUCUGUGGUAAAUCGUUCACGGUAAUGAGCCAUGUAACUACUCACAGACGUAUUCAUACAGGAGAGAAACCUUAUCACUGUGAUAUUUGUGGCAAAUCUUUCUCUGAUAGAAAUGCCUUAACUCGACACAAACGUAUACACACAGGAGAGAAACCAUAUCAGUGUGAUAUUUGUGGUAAAUCAUUCUCUCAAAAUAGUGAUGUAACUAAACACAGAAGUACUCACACAGGAGAGAAACCAUAUCACUGUGAUAUCUGUGGUAAAUGUUUCGUCGUAAUUAGUCUCUUAACUGACCACAAAUACUUUCAUACACAAAAGAAGCCCUAUCACUGUGAUAUCUGUGGUAAAUCAUUCUGUCAGAAUAGUGGUCUCACUAAGCACAAAAGUGUUCAUACUGGAGAAAAAUCCUGCCACUGUGAUAUCUGUGGUAAAUCAUUCUCUGGAAAAGGUAACUUAACUAGACACAAACACAUUCAUACAGGGGAGAAAUCGUAUUCCUGUGAUAUCUGUGGUAAAUUAUUCUCUGAAAAUUCUAACUUAACUAGACACAAAUAUAUUCAUACGGGAGAAAAAGAACAUUGCUGUGAUAUCUGUGGUAAAUCAUUUUCUCAAUGUAGUAUCUUAACUACUCACAAACGUGUUCAUACUGGAGAGAAACCAUAUCACUGUGACAUCUGUGAUAAAUCAUUUUCUCAAAUAAAUAGCUUAACUAGUCACAAACGUAUUCACACAGGAGAGAAGCCAUUUCUCUGCGAUGUCUGUGGUAAAUCAUUCUCUCAAGGAAAUGCCUUAAGUACUCACAAACAUAUUCAUACAGGAGAGAAACCAUAUCACUGUGAUAUUUGUGGUAAGUCAUUCUCUUGUAGAAAUAGCUUAACUGUUCAUGAACGUAUUCAUACAGGGGAGAAGCCAUAUCGCUGUAAAAUCUGUGACAAAUCUUUCUCUGAUAGAAAUGCCUUUACUAGACACAAACGUAUACAUACAGGAGAGAAACCAUAUUGCUGUGAUAUUUGUGGUAAAUCAUUCUCUCAAAGUGGUCAAUUUACUAAUCAUAAGCAUGUUCAUACAGGAGAGAAACCAUAUCACUGUGGAAUCUGUAGUAAAUCAUUCUCUCAGACAAAUAGGUUAUCUACUCACAAAUGUAUCCAUACUGGAACAAAACCAAGUGACUGAUUAUGUUGUUAAGCAUUCUUACAUAGAAGUAAGGAACAUGCGGGUUGUGGUAAAUACAUUGCAACAAGUGUACUCAGGAUCUUUAGCAAGACACAACUUUAUGUAUGGCUGUACCUGAUGAGACUCAGACUGCAAAAUGGAUGCAACACAUGUUGAAUGGAGUCUUACCCAUAAGGAACAGGAUGGAUCGAAAUGACUGUUGUUCAAAAUAAAGAUUAAUACCAAUUCUA